GCGGCGAGCCCCACAGCAAGUGAGCGGCGCGGCUAGCAAGCUAGCGGGCUGCCAAGCGGACACUUUGUCGCCGAGCGGGCUCACGUCGAGAAUGUUGUCGGCGUCGUCCUAAUUCCUCAAGACGAGCGCGACACGUCGCUCGAAGUACGAGGAGCCGCACGUCGGCCGACGGUGCCCAUCACCAAACGUUGACGCACCGGUUCGCUUCUCGUCCUUGGCGUUCUGCGUCUCGGUCGUCUCGCGUCUGAUGAACGCCCGACUGGGGAAAUGUGAGCGCGCCUUCCGUCCGCAAGUUUCCUCCGGUCGGGCGCCGCCCGUGUCGAGGGCGUAAGGGGGCCCCGUAUCACUUGGGCGCUCACCGGCAGCGGAGACCACCGCAUCCACGGGGCCACCAUGAACCCGUACGCCGCCCCCAAGGAAGCGCCGUUUCUCCCGCACGAUUUGACUCUGCCCGCCUCCUCGCCCCAGACUCACGGGCUGCCGCCGCCGACCCGCAGGCUCACCCACGACCCGCUGCAGCAGCAUCGAGGGGCGGCGCCGGCACCGCGCGUCGCGUGCCUGCCCGUGCCGAAGCAUCAGACGCCGCCCGCGCCUCGCGGCUUAUUGGCCGCCGCCCCUCUGGACCUUUGCCACAUGUCGAAAGGGGCCGUGCAAAUGUGCGGCCCGGGCUUCGUCGGAUCGCAGACGCCGAGCGCCGCCCUCGGUGGAAUCCAUCCGCCUCACUCCCAAACUCUGGGAGCCAUCCCAGGCGGUCUCCAUCCUCGGCGAAGCAUGUCCGGCAAUCUGCAGUCGCCGCACCCCCAGAUGCCCGGCGCUCUUCAUCCACCGCAACACCCGCAGACAACCGGGACCGUACCCGGCGGCUGCGUCCAGACUCCGGGACUCCUGUCCGGCGGCCUCCAGCAGGCCCCCGCCGGGGCUUACGGAGCCUGCAAGCUCCCGGACUCGGACGCGCCUCCCAACGUAACGGUAUCCACCUCCACCAUCCCGCUGUCCAUGGCCGCCAGCCUGCACCACCGGGGCGGCGACCUGAGCAGCAUCGUGCACCAAAUCAACCAAUUGUGUCAGGCACGCGCCGAGGCCGGCGCCACCUCGGUGUGCGAGGGCCAAAUCGCCAACCCCAGCCCCAUCAGUCGGAACCUGCUCAUCAGCGCCAGUUCCAGGGUGUCGGCGGCAGGACCCCCCGACAUACUCGCGGCUCCUCCUCCUACUGCGGGCGCCGCCAUCCGAUUGCAGCCGGGCCUCUCCGUCGCGAACGCGGUGGCCGCUUUCCCGGCGGAUGCUGUCCAGCUCCGCCGGGAGUGCGUCUGGACCCAACACCGCCCUCCCCCCGAGGGGGUCCACCCCUGCAAGAGUCUCCGCUUGGAUCGCGCGGCGGAGAGCGCCUUCCCCGCCCGGGCCCUGGGCUACCUCUGCAAGCCGGCCCGGGCGGACCCGCCCGGAUCGCCUCCCCCCAUUGUCCCCCCUGGGCCUCGUGUGGACGGGGACUGCCUGGACCCGGCGUGGGGAGGGAGCCAGGUCCCGGCGGGGUUCCAGGCGGGCCGCGUCGUCGGAGCCAAGUACCGACUGGGCAAAGAAAGUCUUCCCGGACGCACCAAGAUGGCGUCGGACUUGGACUUCCUCAGGGGGCGGGACGUCGUGGCGGCCGGCUUCCCGGACCCCGACCUGGACUCCGUGGGCGGGUCGGCCGCGUGCCCGCCUCGCAACGCCGCUUGCGCUCUUAAUCGUGCCUACCGAUAGGUCCGGUGUGUGUCUACCAGAUCCAUUUGAAUGUUUGACGCUUUUGUUGGGCGCGAGGACCCGGCAGCGCAAACGGGCCGCCGCCGCGGACCGGCAUCGUCCCGAAGCCGCCAUGGCGCCGCAAAGAGGAGCAAUACCUUGCCGAGCACCGGAGGAGUCGCACACCGAUGGUCCACGUGUGUUUGCCUGCUGAUGUCAUGUGGCCGCCCUGGCAAAAUAAAGUCUCGUCGGCGCGUGA